GGUUUUUCAAGCGUGCGCUGGACAGCACCUCUGAGUCCAGCACUGUGGCUGUACGCUGGCUGUAGUCGCGCGUUAAUAAUAGGUGCGGGCUUUCGUUGGCCGCAGUCGCGCCUGUGACGUUGUGGAAGGUGCACGAGCUCGUUGCUGCAGUCGCGUGUGUGCGCACGUUAAAAGGUGCGCGGAGCUCGUUGGCUGCAGUCACUAUGUGCGCACUGGAGGUCAAAUCCUCGGCAAGGGGGUUAAGUAAACCCAAGCGGCCACAGCUUGAGCAACUCUGUAUAUUUAUAAGGUACCUUGCUAGCAAGUACCAAGUACCAAAGCGCCAGCAACAAAACAAUCCGCGGGGCCCUCGGAAUAUAUCACGCCAACGCAAAACUUGUGCGUGGAGGUCCGCACCGCUCGUUGGUUCUAGCGUGCAUAAACCCCACCAGUGCUGACAGCUUUUAGCAUUCGAGAGAGGACCUCUUAAAAGCAAUCAGAAUUCAGGCUUAGGCUCCUACGUCGUGGGUCCCGCUACCAGAUAUCAUAGCUGAAGAGAAAUAAUGUACCGCCACGCGUUCCGAGUCCUCGCCCAGCGCGCGCCGGUCGCGACGGCCGCGGCGGCGACGGCGCUCGUGGUCGCGCCGCCGAGCCGCUGCGACUGGUGGUCGUCGAAGACGCCGUCGGCGCCCGCGCCCGCGGCGGUGGCGGCGCCGCCCGUCGUCGAACCCAAGACCGGCGUCGAGUUCCCCGCGGAGCAGGGCGGCCUCAAGCUCGCGGGCUGCGGCGUGCGCGUCUGUGUGGAAAUCAAAAUUUUAUGGCGCGUCGACCUCCACGUCAUCGACGCGACGCCUGCUCGAUAGCGUGGCGGUGGUGGUUCCUCACCGCUCGACGGAGCCAGCACGGCCGCGUCAUCGCCGAGAAAUGACUUAGUGAAGAAUUGUCGGGUGCACCCGACGCACUGUUUGAUUUCCACACAGGUGCGCGUCAAGUACGGCUUCAUCAAGGUGUACGCCGUCGGCGUGUACCUGUGUGGAAAUCAAAUUCGGGCGCCCCACAGAUGUUGUCUCCGUAGCUGCGUCUGUGCGAUGGCGUGGCGAUUCCACGCCAUCGACGCGACGUUGUCCUUGUGGCUGCGCCGGUUCGAUGGCGUGGAGGUCCACGAAGGUCCACGCAAUAUUUCUCAGGAUAACCUAGCUCACUGCUUGAUUUCCACACAGGCGUGUACGUGUCGCCGCGCGUCGCGCUGGACAAGCGCGCGGCGUCGCCGCUCGCGGCGCUGCGGACCGCGCGCCGCGACGGCGCCGUCGUCGAGCUGCGCCUCACCAUGGCGCGCGACGUCCCCAAGAAGACGUUCGUCGACGCGCUCGCCGAGCAGAUCACGCCGCGCGCCGGGGCGCCCCAGAGCGACACGUUCGCCGCGGCGAUCACGGGCGGCCUGCGCGACCCGACGCCCGAGGGCUCGACGACGACGAUCCGGCUCGAUCCCGACGGUACGAUCCUGUGCGCAAAUCAACCAGUGAGUCGGGUGCACUCUUACUCUGCUGCAGCGCGGCCGCGAAGACUGAAUCGAGGGGCGCAAGACCCACACCGCCACGCCGUCGAGCUGGCGUCGCGUCGAGUCGCGCCGCGACAAUUUGAUGUACGCACAGGUACGAUCUCGGUCCUCGACGACACGGGCCUCGUCACCGCGCACGUCGUCGUGCCGGCCGUCUGCGACGCGUUCCUCGACAUCUACCUCGGCGCCGACGGCAUAUCGCCGACGACCCUCGAGGCCGUCAAGGCCGGGCUCGAGAAGUUUUGAGCGCGGCCCCCUCGGGCAGAAUAUAAGGUCUCGUCUGC